AUGCCGUCAGCUCAACUUGCAGCUCUAGCAGCACCAUCUGUUGAUCUGGCCACAGAAGUGGCAAGGUUAAGAGAACAACUAAGGCUGAGAGAUGAGGAAUUGGCACAUGCUAGGCAAGCAUCCCAUAUGCCCCAAAAACAACAAGCCCCGCCAACCUUUGAAGGGAAAGCUGAUCCAAUGGUGGCAGAGGAUUGGUUAAGAUCGUUCGAAGCCAUUUUCGAUCAUCUGGAGUUGAAUGAUCACCAGAGAGUCUCUUGUGCAGUUUAUUUACUUAAGAUGGAUGCACGAAUUUGGUGGGAUGUAAUGAAACAGACUCGUGAUCUGAAUACCAUGACUUGGGCAGAAUUCGUCCAGGCUUUCAGUAAGAAGUAUUACAAUUUGGUCGUGCUAGCAACCAAGGUUGAUGAUUUUGUAACUCUAGUACAAGGAAACCUAUCUGACACUGAUUAUGCACAGAAGUUUGAUAGGUUGACAAAAUUUACUCCUGAAGUGGUGCCAACUAAAACUUUGUGA